AUGGAAGGGGCCAUAAAGUCCCUAGAUGUGAUCGGUAAAAUGAAGACCUUUGAGGAACAAAAUAGCCAGAUUCCAGAAUUCCAGGUGUUCGGAUAUUAAAUGAGAAUGAUAAUGGAGAUAAUCCAGUUCAUUAGAGCGGUCCGAACAGGGCACUAGCAGCUGCAUCUUACAUCGCCGCAGUCGUUCACAAAGACCGUUUUUUACUCAUGACCGUCUUAUAUAACAACGCCAGAGUGAUUCCACUGUACCCUGCUGAAAUACAGAUGCUACAAGAAACAGACCCAGAGAAAUAUGAAGAAUUCCUCGAAGGUAAUUGGGUCGUUAACAAGAAUCUGCGUGUGCCAUUUUGUGCUUUGGGUGCGGACCAUGCUUUAGAGGAAAUAAAUUGCUAAAUGAAAGUCUCAGGGGGCUAGUUGGUGUCACCCUGAAUCCAAACGCCGGUACUAAUUUUUUUCUCAUCGCUCCUGAGCUUGCUUGAUUAGCCCAGAUGCGAAAAAAGUGGCGGAGACCACUCUGGCAAAAGAAGGUACUCAUCAUCACACCUUGUCAACUCCUGUGAUUUCUCGCGAAGAGAAAAACAUAGAACAAGUAAUAAACACAAUUAAGAAUUUCACGAAUCCCUUCGUAGUGCAGAGCAACGGUCUUCUCCAUGUCGUGACAAAGGUUGUAAUGCCAAGCAAGGUCAAGAAGGAUCUUUUGGAACAAAGUGAGAUUGGCCAGAAACUGUUUUAGACCUUUGAGAAAGAUCGCAUCAAGUCAGGAAACAUCAAUCUUUAGUCUCCGAUGAAGAAAAGAAAGCUCCAGACAUGGAAAACCAUGAGGAAGAAGAUAAAGGUUUCUAGUGCCGGUCUAGUCUGCGUAGCUGGCGGGAUUAGCGUGUGGAAGUGCUGUAUUGUUUUGGUGGCAGAGCCGCGAGAAGAGUGGGUAUUCAUGUCAAUUUCGGGAUUUCCCCUCGCGGCUUCCUCGCCUCGCGUGGCGGCUCCGCCACCAAAAAAGUACCCAGGGCAAAAAAAUCCUGCCAGCUACGCGGGCUAGUGCCGGUCAAAUAGUGGAGUUACAUUAAGACUGAAACUUGUUUGCGCACAUGAUGGUGAUAUGUAAAAGCCGACCUGAGAUCGACAUCCAAGAAGCUGUUGGAACGAACAAAUUAACAGUGGUACCGAUAUCUAUGUUCGCUCCAGACGGAGAAGUGCUACAAUACCCGGUCAAAAGUGCACUUUUGUCCAUUCUAGGGAAGCUUCCGGCCAAUACAGAGUGAAGCUGCUAUUCAAGAUCAUGCAAGUCAGGCAGAAAGAAUAAGAGUCUCUAUCAUCGAUGCAAUGGCUACGGUAUAACUCCUAGAUAAGCCAACGUCCUUAAGAGGCUGCUUUGACGUCCCAGACCACUUUGCAUACCGAAUUUUUAAAGAGUAUGACGACAGUGAUGAGGUCCGCCUUAUAUUUGAUAGAUACGAUCUGCCGACUAUCAAUAACUAGUAUGGAACAGUAACACGAACCCCAAUCCAGCUCUAUCCUCAACAAAGGACUGCGGCUGGGAAUGGAAAGACGACGACAAUGCGUGGAUUCCCGUCAUGACAACAAUACUCACUGCUCCUGAGGCCAUAAUUCAUCUCGUGAAGUGCAAAUGUGUAAAGGAAAGGUGUACCACCAAGCGCUGCCAGUGCAGUAAGGCUAACAUGAAUUGCAUGGAUCUCUGUGGCUUUUCGGACAUGGGCGAACGUUGCGGGAAAAUUCCCAAAGAUGACAACUAG